GCGGGGUGGGGGUCCUGCCGCGGGGGGAGCCGGGCGGCCCGGGUCCGGCCACCCCCACUGCCCAGCCCUGCUCGGGCCGCGGCGGCCGCAGCAGAGCGGCUCCGGGAUGGUGAGCGCCGCUGCCCUGCAGCCCCGGCCGGUCGCCCCCGGCCCGCGCCCCGGUCCCGGCGCCGGACGCCCCCCGAGGCCGCGCACACUCACCUAGGACGGCGGGAUGCCGAGCUCUGUUGAAGAUGCACUGGACACCGGAACACGCCCAGCCUCUCAACCAGUGGCCGGAGCAGCACCUGGACGUCUCCUCCACCACGCCGUCGCCAGCCCACAAGUUGGAGCUGCCCCCUGGCGGUGGUCGCCAGCGCUGCCAUUACGCUUGGGCGCACGACGACAUCUCGGCGCUCACGGCCUCCAACCUGCUCAAGCGCUACGCCGAGAAGUACUCGGGGGCCCUGGACUCGCCCUACGAGCGCCCCGCGCUGGGCGGCUACGGCGACGCCGCCUUUCUCAACGGAGCCAAGGGGGACCCCGAGCCCUGGCCGGGGCCGGAGCCACACUACCCCCUGGCCUCGCUGCACGACGGCCUUCCCGGAACCAAGCCGGGCGGUGGGGGCGGCUCGGGGGGCCUCGGGGGCUCCCCGGUUCUAGCCGGGAACCUGCCUGAACCCCUGUACGCCGGCAAUGCGUGCGGGGGCCCGGCGGCGGCGGCGCCGGAGUACGCGGCCGGCUACGGCGGCGGGUACCUGGCCCCCGGCUACUGCGCGCAGACCGGCCCCGCGCUGCCCCCGCCGCCCCCGGCCGCGCUGCUGCAGCCCCCGCCGCCGCCCGGCUACGGCGCCCCGGGGCCGCUGUACAACUACCCCGCGGGGGGCUACGCCGCGCAGCCGGGCUACGGGGCCCCGCCGCCCGCCCCCUACCUGCCCUCGGGGCUGGCGGCGCCCACGCCGCUGCCCGCGCCCGCCGCCUACGGCUUCCAGGCCGCCGCGCCGGGGGCCGAGGCCGGGGUGUCGCUGAAGCGCAAGGCCGCGGACGAGGGCGCGGAGGGCCGCUACCGCAAGUACGUCUACGAGCCGCCCAAGGCCCCGGCGGCCGACGGCGCCGCCUACCCCGCCGCGGACCCCGGCGACGGCCGGGGCAACGGGUUCCGGGCGAAGCCGCCGGGGUCGGCGGCGGAGGAGGCGUCGGGCAAGUUCUCCGCAGGCGUCCCGCUCAAGGCGCUGGGCUCCCCGGGCUACGGGCCGCCGCUCGAGCCCUUCGAGAAGUUCCCGGAGCGCGCGCCCGCGCCGGCUCCCCGGGCGGCCUUCGCGCUGCCGGCGGAGGAGCCCCUCAAGGCGGUGGACCCGUCGGCGCUGGAGCUGGCGACGAGCAAGAUGCUGGACCGCGGGCCCCCGGUGCAGUGGGCGGACGUGGCGGGCCACGGCGCGCUCAAGGCGGCGCUGGAGGAGGAGCUGGUGUGGCCGCUGCUCAGGCCGCCCGCCUACCCCGGCGGCCCGCGCCCGCCGCGGACCGUGCUGCUCUUCGGGCCGCGCGGGGCGGGCAAGGCGCUGCUGGGCCGCUGCCUGGCCACGCAGCUGGGGGCCUCGCUGCUGCGCCUGCGCGCCGCCGCGCUGGCCGCGCCGGGGGCCGCCGAGGGCGCGCGCCUCCUGCAGGCGGCCUUCGCGGCCGCGCGCCGCCGCCCGCCCGCCGUGCUGCUCAUCAGCGAGCUGGACGCGCUGCCGCCGCCGCCGCCGCCGCGGGAGGACGGCGCCGCCGCGGGCUCGCUGCUCGCGCCGCUCCUGGCCUGCCUGGACGGCGGCUGCGGCGCGGGGGCCGACGGCGUGCUGGUGGUCGGCACCACCUCGCGGCCCGCGGCCCUGGACGAGGCCACCCGCCGGCGCUUCGUGCUCCGCUUCUACGUGGCGCUGCCCGACGGCGCGGCCCGCGGGCAGAUCCUGCAGCGGGCGCUGGCCCGGCAGGGCUGCGCGCUGGGCGAGCGGGAGCUGGCGGCGCUGGUGCGGGGCACGCAGGGCUUCUCCGGGGGCGAGCUGGGGCAGCUGUGCCAGCAGGCGGCGGCCGCGGCGGGCCUCCCGGGGCUGCAGCGCCCGCUCUCCUACAAGGACCUGGAGGCGGCCCUGGCCAAGGUGGGCCCCCGCGCCACCCCCGAGGACCUGGACUCGUACGCGGAGUGGGACAAAAUGUACGGCUUCGGACACUGACGGCGCGGGAGCCGCCGCCCCCCGCUCCCCGGUCCCGGGAGCGGUGUCUGGGCCCACCUGGCUGGGAGGGCGCUGCCGAGUGAUGAAUGUGGGGAGGGAGGAAACGGGGCUGUGGGUGGAUUUUUUUUUUUUUUUCCGUGAGAAGGAAAAUGCUUCUGCUAGGCAGAUAGAUGCCAUAUGCGCUGUGUACUCAGGUUUUUUCUAUUUAUUGUGGACGGGAAGCUCGCCAUCUCAGCCCCUCGGACGGGCGUGUCUCCCUGGGGCCUAAGGAACUCUUGCGCUGGCUCUCACCACAAUUCUUCUGUCUUCUGGCUCUCUGGAUGCCUCCCUCCUUCUCCUCCCCUUCCUCCUCCUCCUUUUCCUCCCCCUCCUCCCCCUCCUCCUCCCCCCACUCUCCCCUCUUUCUUUGCUUUCGCUUAAGUUUUCUCUCUCUGCCUUAUUGUCACUACCCCACCCCUCAUCCUGGCCCAGCCCCCUCCCCCCCAACUCCCAUCCUGGCCCAGUUUCUCUCUUGCUCCUCCCUCCCUAUCUCCAUCUAUCACCCUCUGCUCUGUCUCCAUCCCUUGCUCUCUAGCUUCCGUGCCUCCUGUCCUUCUCCCUGCCUCUGUCCCUCUCAUUCAGAGACUGCACCGUCCCUUUGCAGGAGGUCUGGAGCCCAGCGGCUGAGGAGGAGGGGAGGGGAGUUCCCUCCCACCCGUCACCCAGCGGAACCUUGGGUCUGGGGGAGGUGUCAAGCAAAAGCCACCCAAAGAAGGGUUUGUUAUUGUUGUUUGUUUGUGAGGGGAAAUCCCAGGAAUGUAGCUUGUUUAAUAUGUAGGCCCCUUAUUUUUGUAAGAUGUGUAGAACUUGCUGUUUUUCUUUUUCUUUUGACAACUCAGGAAGAAACUGACCUCAGAAAGAAUGUUAGACUCAGGCUACUCUCCUGUGCGAUCCCACCACCCACCCUAACCCUCAGGAGACGUAGAAAGUGAGACUGGGGUGGGGAAGGGGCGAGGGGGGCCAGAUCCACACGCAGACCCUGCUCUUCCUGGGGCAGACGGAAGCGGAAUGUACUUGUAGGCUUCCUGCCCGGCCCGGGGCUGUAGACAGGGGUGUUGGGAGCGUGUUGUGGGAUUUGAGAGCAGGUGAGUCUUGUCCCCUUUCUGCUACGCAUCCAGCUGGGUCCGGCUCUCAGCUCCGUGCUUUCUAUGAAGGGUUAACUCGCCCACUUCCUGCCCCAGACCCUGAGAGGCCCCAAUGGGGGGUGGGGGGGACAGAAACAGAAAGUCCUCAGAGAGGUCAGCUCACCUGGCCAUUGACUGACCAGGCAGAGGCCUCCUGUGUGCAGGCCAUGGGGAUUGCUCUGCAGGGAGAGACAGUUUGGGCACAAAACUGACUACAGACCCAACCUUCCCUGUCUGCGCGGAGGCUCCGAUGAGGGGUGAGCAGGAGAGGUCCUGUGGGGAAGUAUUCUUUUCUCAUUCUAGGGUCCCAGGUCUGGAGGGCAGGCAGUGGGAGGGGGCAGGCUGCUUUAUUCUGACGUUGGGGGGGUCUAUUCUCAGUCACACCCACACUUCCCACCAGAGAGGCCCAGGCUUGGGCUUUCUCUGGGAACCGUGUUCCCCCUCUUCCUACCAGCUUCCCUGGAUUGGGCAUCAGCCCUUUGCCACCUCCCCCUCCGGAGCCCAUUUCACCACUGUGGCCUUCGGUCCAAAGCUGGGGGGAACAUGCCCUCACCCCUUCUCUCCCACCCCAGCCUCCCUCCCCGAUCCCUGCCUGCCCUCACAGCUGCUACAGUCUCUGUACCACCCCCCUCCCAGCUGGGAGGUGUGCAGGGGGGCGUCUGGGUGCCGGGGUGCAGAGGGCUGCACUGGCCUCACAGAGCGGCCAGGAGAGCUGCUCUGUGCUCCCUCUCACCUGGUCUCUUUCUGGCCAACCUCUCCAUGGAGCCAGCUGUUUGCAGGCCUGCUGCCUCAGAAGCAGCGGGUGGGCUGCAGGAGCCAGGAGUGAGGUUCUCAGGUGUGUGUAUGUAUAUGGGGGGAGGGCAUCAGGGAAGUGGGUGGGGAUCCCUCCCUUCCCUUCAAGAGGCAGGCAGCUCUGGGGGUUGGAGGGGGCCUCAUUGAUUGAGACCCCCCCCCCCCCCACCUCUCCUACUGGCCUUGGGGAACUUUGCACAAGGAGACAUCCCCUAAUCUGCUAGCACCUACCUCAUGGGCACUGGGUUGGGUGGGGGAAGGGCAGGUCCAAUUCUGGCGAUGUUGGGGGGGGGGGGCAUACCAAAGAAUCCAGGGGCAGGGGCUGGGGGAGGACAGACACAGCAGGCUGGCCCUCCCCUUCCUCCACCCAGGUUGGGGUUGGGGUCCUCUCCUCCAGCUGUAACCACUUCUACCUCAUGUUGCUGUGUGUUGUAUACAUGGACGUAUUUAUCUCCUGUCUGAAGAUGCUCUGCAGUUGUGGUCUGUCUACCUCAGAAGAGACUGUAUUUUAAAAGAAAGUAUUACACAGUAUUAAAGCGAUGACAUGUGG